GCAAGUCAUGAUACUAAUGUCUUUUUUUGGUUUCUGUUGUAUUCCAUAAUAUUGAAUGAGAAGAGAGUAAGGUUUUCGGGUUAUUUAUCAUUUUUGUAGUCAUUCAGUUUAGAAAUUACACUGUCCGGAUGGGUGAGCAGGGAUUUAAUUGUAGAAUAAAACUCAUCUACAUGCUUAGAAAGGAUGUUGGUAUAUUGGCUGAAGGUGCAUUAGUUGUCUUAUUUUGUGCGGUGUUGUUAUCUUUCACAUAGGUGUAGGAUCAAGAAUGUGUGUUUACAGUACACGGUACUUGUUGUUUAAUUGUUGUACUGAAGAUAAUGGCAUUGAUGUUGCAUGUAGGCAUGAUCUGAUAGGAUGUUGACGUGGUUGUUGAGUUAUUUAAAGACCAGUGCUUGCUUAUGAUUUCUAGGACGGUUACCUUCAUAGACCAAUAAACAAUGGUAUGUGAGUUACUUUGAUUUGUCCACAAUAUAAAGCGAGAAAUAAUUAUAUUGGAAUCUUUGAGGUGAAUUUGACACUAAAAUGUAUUAUUUCAUGAAAAUAUAAUAGCCAACAAUACAUCUUGACUUUUUUUAGUGAAAUAAACAUCUUUGCAAAAACCACUUACACAUGACUUCCACAUCACCACCAUUAUUUAUUAAUCAACAUUAACUUAAAUAUAUAUUAUAAUUUAUAUACUACUAGCUGUCCUGCCCAGCGUUGCCGUGCAAAAGAUUAAUUUUUUUAAAUUCCAAAUAGAAACUCGCUUCAUAUUUUGUACCUAUGAACAAUGUCAAGGAGCUUACAAACAACCAAUAACUAUAAUAUCAUUAGACUGAUGUACGAUGCACAUAAUAUACAUGCACAUAGCAACCAGAUCUUACUUUUGGGGGAUAAAAUGUAAAUAACUAAAAACACAGUUGGCUGUACUGCUGAGUCCUGCUCAAGCAAUUUGUAUUGAAAAGAGACAACAUUAUUAGUCUCAUCGUUGUGGGAAGAGAGGUCCAACCAGUACUAUUUUGUGCAGCAGACUCUUAGAGUAUAGAUUUAUUUACAAUACACUACAAAACAAUUUCAAUACAGUUAAAUCUAAAUACUUCACUGGUACAGUAUUUUUAUUUUACAAAAGUAAUAUUGUAGUGAUUUUCAUCCGAAUACGCAUGAAUCCCUUUUUUUGGCUCUCUCGAAUCACGUACCCUUAUUCAAUCUUUGACAGGUCGAGUGUGGACUGCCUGAAACAGAAUAGUCUAUUUCUUUUGUAAUAGUUGAUGAACAAGAGCCAAUGGAUGAAGGUUUCCUAUAACUACUCUAAAUGCUUUGUUAUAUUGAAAAUGUUAUACUCUGAAUUGUUAACUUUCAAAAAAUAUACUAUUCUGCUGUAACUAUCAGGAGUAUCGGAUAUAAGUUUACGAUGUGUAGAGGUUGAUUUGUAGUUGUAACUAUCAAAACCAAUAACAUCAGUAAAUGAUUUGCUUGAUUCAGAAAAGUUUGUUACACCUUUCAUACUUAUUGGUGGUAGCAAAACUGAUCUCUAAUUGUGUUUCUAAUUAACUAAUUUUAUUGUUUUUGUUUGUUUUAGUAUAGUUAGGCUCAAAUUCAGCAAGGACGUUAUAAAAUUAUUUUGAAUUCCUUACAGUGGCAGAGGUAUUUUAUGGGGUUAUUUUCUAGUUUCUACCUUAAAAAUACUUGAGACAUAUCUUAGAAACACUACUGAAGAAAAUCAAUUAAAUAGUUUAGCAUUACUGAAUAUUCAUCGUGAAAUAGUUUUAACUACAAAUGAAGUUCUAGAUGACUUUCCUAGUCUCAAAAAAAAUAUAAGAUUGCUAUAACUUAUACCUAGCUUAGAAUGUAAAUGCAAAUAUUAUAUAAAUAUUUUUAACUAAUACUAAUAUUACAAUUAGUUAAAAAGUUUUUUUUUAUUUUAUACUUUUACCUGUGUAUUUAUAAUCAAUAAGUGUACUGUGUACAAUACUUAUAAAUAAUAAUAAGUAAUAACGUUCACAAAUAGGUAUCAUUAUUCGUCUAAUCAAAAAUGUAUUAUUCAAUUAGCAUGCAACCCAGCGGCGCAUUUACAGUUUUACCAUACUGGGACAAUAUAUUUUAGUGAUGCCUUGGAAAAUUCCUGGCUACGCCACUAGUGCAAGGAAUUGUUUAAUAUCUAUUUUUGCAUUGAAAAAUGAAAUAGGUACUUGAAUUAAUUAAAGCUAAAAAUAUUGAACAACAGUUUUAUUAAGACCUUAAAAGUAUAACAUUCUUAAAGUCUCUUUCUUUUCUCUCUGAUUUGAUAUCUUAUUUAAAUAUUUUAAAUUUAAGACUGCAAGGCAGCAGACAAAAUAUAUGUCAGCUUUAUAACUAAAUUUGAAUUGCCUCCUAAGAAUUUCGACACUAGUUUCUACCCGUAAAAAAUUAAUUAGUGGUUCAUAAACUUCACUAUAAUACACCAUGUAAGUACUACACACGUGUUAUAAUUAUAGAAAUUCAACUUGCAGUAGGUAACAUAAUAAUUUAUGCUUAGUAAAUUAAUAUAACCGAAAUUAUAUUACUAUAGAUAUUAAGAUAUUUUUUUAUUUUAUCAUAGUAAGCAUCGUUGAUUUAUUUUAAGUCUAGAAAGAACUUCAUACUAAAAUUAUAGAUAUUUAGAAUAAUUAUUAAAAAAAUAUCAGUCUUAGCGGCAUAUUAUUAUACAUUACUAUCUGAAUUGCCCGGCGUUGAUAUUGUGAUUGUUCAACUCGUUUUGAGUGUAAGUCGCUGUGAAAGAAAUGUUUUUUUAAAGGGCCUCGCUAUGACAUUGAUUUAAGGAGAAUCAUUUAGGCAAUUUCUAAUCUCGUCAUCGCCACCCGAGAUCUAUGUGUUUGUCGUAAAUGAUUAUUAGUGUGUGUGGCGUCCAUGCAGGUCAAUUGUAGUGGUACGGAGGGCUCUUGCACGCACUCGCACGCACAUGUCACUAUCCCGCCGGCAUUUUCCAUGAGACCAGCUUGCGAUCAGUAAAUUAUCGGGCGUCGCCCGAUUGCAGCCCAGGGUAACCUUUUAACCUAUCCUGAUUGCGGCCCGUACAUAAUAAGUAGGAAAUACUAUUUAUAAAAAUCAAAAUUCAAAAACAUGGAAUUAUCUAAUUUUAAUUUUGUAAAAAUAAUAAGUUUUAAAAAUCUACCUCUAGCUUUAUAAUUUAACACUACAAUAUUUGACUAUUUAUUGACUUUUAAUUGACAUAAUAUUCAUAUUUUUUAUUAUUGUAAACAAUUAUUUUACUAUUUAUAUACAUAUAAUAUUUAUGAUGCAUUUUAAUGAAAAUAUAUUUUAUAGAUGCAAUCGGGAUACUUAUAUUUGGGAUAAAAUACGACUACCUGAAUUCGGGCCACAAUCUCCAAUAUUAUCAGGUACCUAGGAAAUCUAUCUGCGGUAUAUUGCGGUAUUGCGGACCCAGCGAUCAGGUACAAAGUUCUGAUAUAAAUUUAGAAUGGGGAAAAGAUUGUCCAAGAGCGUGUAACUGUAAGAACACAGAUUUUAUAGACUUACCGAUAGUUAAAUGGAUGUAUAACGGACUACAAACUGAACUAGAACCACAUACCUCAAAUACACAAAAUGAAGUUUUUGAAGAAAAUGAAGAAGAACAAAUAGCUUAUAACAAUACACAUUUUUUAAAAACUGCUUUAUGUAUGUUUAUGAAUGUAACAAGACCAAAAGACUUUUUAAAUUUUCUUCCAUUAGACACUGAGGCAUUAAUUUUAUUUCAAACAACUGAUUCAGACAAUAUUACAAUAGAAGAUGAUAUAAAGCUGCCAAAACUAAUUUCAUUCGAAAUUCAUGGCAAUAAUAAUCAGACAAAAAUCUAUAUUACAGAUAGAAUGUUCAAAUAUAUGGAUAAUAUAAAAUAUGUAAACAUUCAAAGUGUAUCAUUAGAUAAAUUAACUUUAGAAAGUAAUGAACCAAUUCCAAUAAUAGACUCUAAUGUCUAUAAAAAAGAAAAUUCAUAUGCAUUUAAUGAACUUUCGCCAGUCUUACCUUCGUAUUUACAUAAAGAACAUAAUGAUAUAAAAAACCGUUUGAUAUUUUUACAGCCCAAAGAUAUUGAAAUAGUUCCUUAUAAAACCUAUAAGAAAACUAAAAGAACAGCAAAAUCAAAUAGCCUAAUUUUUAUCAAUAAAGAUUUGUUGUUUUUAAGAAUCACAAAUUGUGGUCUAAAAGAUAUAUCUUGGGAUUUAUUUAAUGGAUUGGAAUCAUUGGAAACCCUAAUUCUAGACAACAAUGCUAUUGAAUACAUUCCAGAUUUUUCUUUUUAUGGUGCUAGUGUACUAAAAAGAUUAUCUUUAGCUAAUAAUAAAAUUAAACAUUUGCAGACUACUGGUUUAGCUGGUCUUCUUGAUUUGAAUUAUUUAAAUUUGAAAAACAAUGCUAUAACUGUAUUAUCAGAAACAACAUUCCCGCCAUUACCAAAAUUAAAAGUUGCAGAUUUAAGUGAUAAUCCAAUUGAAAUGGUAUAUCCGCAUACAUUUGAAGUACUAAAUGCUACUAUAGAGCUUGCAUUGGGAUCAAAUAACACACAACUACAUUUACAUAAAAAUGCAUUUAUUGGUUUGGAUUCUUUAGAAAAAUUGAAUUUAAUUGGUGUAAAUGUGACAAUUUUAGAAAGACCCUUUAUGAUUGGACUUCCUAAUCUUGUGGAACUUAAAAUCAAAGGUUUCAUACAACAUAUAGCUUUUGAUGCAUUUGUAGAAAUACCAAACAUUAAACGUCUCUUAAUCAGUAACUGUUCAAUACAAUCUGUGUCUAUGGAUUCGUUUUACGGAAUUUAUAAUUUAGAACAUGUAGAUUUGUCUUAUAAUCAACUCCAAGAAUUGCCUCCUGGAUUAUUUGAUCAACAAUUGUCUCUCAAGGAAUUAAUUUUAAAUAACAAUCAACUAAUUGAUUUACCAGAUGAUAUAUUUAAAACAACAUCUAAUCUUAAAUUAAUACGAUUAGAUAUGAACUCACUACACUGCACAUGCAGCAUGAAAUUGUGGGAUAUUUCAUUAAUGACUAAACUCGCAAAAGAAAUAAAUAAACAGUCUUGCAAAUUGAAACAUUCAGAGAAAGGUUAUAGUUGUAAAAUUGAAAGAACAACUACAUAUAUUUAUAACAAAAAAUUAGAACCAAUAUGUUCAAGUCCAACAAAAUUAAAAGGAAAGACAGUUUCAUAUGCUUUGAGAAAGUAUAUGAAUUGCAACAGUGAAUCAAACAGCAAACUUUACAUGAAAAAAAAGUAUAAAGAAUUAAAACUUUAUAAACAAAUAAGUGAACAAGAUAUCAAACGAAAUAUUUCAACAGUAAAGACUAAUUUUUCUGAUUUUAUUUUAAAUAACACAACCAGCAUCAGAUAUACAGGACCAAAUAUAACAAUGGAAAUGAUUGAAUCAACUCCAGAAUCAAUAAUCAAUAAUAAAGUAUACACUACUACGGAAAGAAGUAUACUUUUGAAAAAUGGGACGUAUAUAAGCAAACUAUCAUUGAAAGAAGAAAUUGCCAAAAUGAAAAGAAAACAUAAAGUAAAAAAUUCUGAUUUUAAACUUGAAAACAAAUUAUGAAAUUAAUAUUGAAAUACUCACUAUUCAUUUAAAAAAUAAUAUACAUUAUAAUAUAUUAUUUAAAUAUCUGUAGACUACCUAUAUAUUAUUUUUAAAGAAUAUUAACAACAAACAAUAAAAACUGUACCAAUUGCAAAUGCAUAGUAAUUGUAUGCUUAGUAUUUUUAAUGGCGUAAUAUAAAUAGUAUAAUAAAAUUGAAAUAAAUUACCUCU